AUGACCCAAUCUAAAAUUGAGUUGGUUGUGGGGCAAUUGGCUAAUAUUACCCUGAAAUCUACUCUAUUGGAGCGAAUUAGAGAAGCACAACUGCAAGAUCGAGAGUUAGUGAAAUCUCGAGAUAGGGUUUUGGCUCGGAAAACUAGUGACUUUAGAGUGGAUGAUACGGGAAUGCUACGAUUUAUGAAUCAUGUUUGUAUGCCUAUGGAUGAUGACAUUAAAAGAGAAAUCAUGAAUGAGUCUCAUACGACUCCUUACUCAAUUCAUCCAGGAUCAACGAAAAUGUAUCAAGACUUCAAGGCCAUGUUUUGGUGGCCAGGGUUGCUGCAGCCACUGAAUAUCUCAAAGUGGAAAUGGGAAGAUAUUGCUAUGGACUUUGUGGUUGGAUUGCCUAGAACUACAAGACAGUACGACUCUGUGUGGGUCAUAACAGGUGAAAGAAAGUUCUUAGGUCCUGAGGCUGUUCAGAGAACAAGUGAGGCAGUUGAUAAAAUUCAAGUGCGAAUGCUCAUGGCUCAGAGCAGACAGAAAAGUUAUGUCGAUCCAAAGUGGCGAGAUAUUGAUUUUUAG